AUGGAAGCAUAUAUUAUACAAACAUAUAUUAAUAUUAAACGAGAUGGUACAGAUCAAGAUUAUAUUGAAGAUAUAUUCUUGUUUAGUACAUAUUCUGAAAGUGAAUAUGAUGAAAUCCUUAUUUCAUAUACUUAUUUUUAUUAUACAUUUAAAUAUAAAACAUUCAUCGAAAUUGUUUUGAAAAACUAG